GUUUCGUUGCGCUAUUUCGCGCCAUACCUAUCGUAUCGUAUCUUGUCGUGCUACUGGGUGUCUGUUGCUGUCAUUGUUUUUUGUCGAAACUGUAGAAUACUCUAGCCAUAACAGAACAAAAUGUUUGAAAAUUAGACUGAUAUUACUCAGAAGUGAUUGAUAAUGCGUGAAAAUGAAUGAUAUUCAGUGUUUGAUUGAUCGUCAGCUUGGCAUUUACUGUCGGCUGAACUACGACAAUAUUUUAAAGCGGCUGGUGGUGGAUAGUGAAGAAUCCUUCUAUGGGCUGCAGAAUGCAAACAUCGCGGCUAACUUCGACCAGGAUCCUCCGAUAUUCGCGUGCCGAUUCUCGGAGGCUCCCGGUUACGAGCACAUCCUCGCUCUCGCCAACGAGGAUGGCAGAGUUGCCAUUCAGGAUACAACCAAUGUAAAGACUGCUAGCACAUUGGAAGGAUUCCAGUGUCAUAACAAUGCUGUUUUCGAUUUGGCGUGGAUGCCACAGCAUAUGAACUUUGUUACUGUCUCAGGUGAUCAUACAGCUUGUCUGUGGGAUGUAGCAGAAGGGGCUCCUAGAAGGGUUCUCGUAUUUUCAAGUCACACACGAUCUGUAAAAACUGCAGUAUUCAGGCCUACCGAACCUUCAGUGUUUGCCACGGGUGCGCGGGACGGACACAUUCUGGUGUGGGACAUUAGAGCCAACAACCAACCUUCAGUUGUUCUCAAACCAGACAACUGCCUCAUGAACUGCCACUCCAGCUUUAACCCCAAGACGCCGGGCUCGCACGGCAAGCGGCCACGCAUCGACACCCCUCGCGCCAUCAGCAUCACUGGCCUUGUCUUCCAGGACGACAUGACCCUCAUCUCCUGCGGAGAGUGCGACGGCAACAUCAAGGUGUGGGAUCUCCGCAAGAACUACAACAUAUACAAGAGAGAGCCACUCCCCAAACAUUCCAUACCAUACUGUGGCAGUUCCACCAAGAACGGAUACACCAACCUGAUAGUAGACGAUACCAGAAUGAGACUGUAUGCCAGCUGUAUGGACAAUGUCAUCUACUGCUUCAAUAUAUCAACCUAUAACGCUAUGCCAGAGCAGAGGUACAUCGGCCACCAGAACAGCACGUUUUACAUCAAGACUUGCCUCAGUCCCGACUGCAUGUACCUAGUGAGCGGCAGCAGCGAUAAGAACGCGUACGUGUGGAACGUGAAGUACUCGGAGCCGGUGGUGCGGCUGGCGGGGCACUGGGCCGAGGUGACCUGCGCCGCCUGGUGCCAGCUCGGCGACACCAAGCUCGUCACGUGCAGCGACGACGCGCGGCACAAGCUGUGGCGCAUCGGCCGCGACGUGGCGGACCUGCCCGCGUCCGCCGCCGCCGAGCUGCGCGGACGCGCGGAGCUGGUGCCGCGGACGGACAUCGCGUCGCUGCCGCAGUGGGGCGCUUUGGACAAAACUCCUAACUCGCUCAAAAGGAAACUGGUCACAACGCCCGGCUCCUAUAGUGCCAAACGAAUGCGUUCACAAGGCAACGCUUCUAUCAGAAAAACAAAACGUUGCCUCACAGACCUCAUGAACGCUUCUAGAGAUACAGAGGAAGCUGAAAUUUCAAUCAAAAGGCUGAAAUUGGAACCUCUCCCUGAAGAAAAUGAACCGAAGUUACUCCCGGCAGGAAUCAAACGUCACGGAGAUUGUUUAGAACAAAGUCCUCCAAGAAACAUUCAAAUCGACUCACCCGACGAUUGGUGUUAUAUACCUAAAGCGGGCUCUUCAUUCAUGACGCCCACUAAAAAUUAUGAAAGUAGAAACUGCAAGUUAUUAUCACCGAAAGGUAUAAAGCCGUUAUCUCCUACUAGUUCACAUAAUAGAUCUCCGGAGACACCAAACAAAGUUAGAAUCAUAUCAUUCGGCACUCCUACCAAGAACCUUCCGAACUUCGUGUUGGACGGCGAGGCGCCGCACCUGCGGCUCAUGUCGCCCGUCAAGAAGAAGGACGCCACCACGGACUGGCUCACGCGCAUCGCCCGCGAGAAGCGCAAGUGUGGCGACGCCGACAGGCUGACCACGCCCGCGCCUCCCAGCCCCAAGGAGAACGUCCCCGCCAGGAGAACUUCCGUGUCCGAGAGAACUCCUAAAAGUAAUAAGAAAAGUAGAACGCUAUUCAAAUAUUUUAAUGUAACAGUCAAAGAAAAAUAGUUAAGUAGAUUUAUGUUAUGGACUGAUUUAACGUACGUUUCUUUUUAGUAUAAGUGAAGGUACAAUUGAUAUUUCGAGUAUGAUUGUGAUGUUUUUUUUUUGAAUAAUUAAUUUAUAAUUUGAUGUGAUUCGAUGUGGAAGAAAGUAGCUCAUGUUGCCAGACAGAAGAGGUAAUAAAAUCAAGUUCCUAAAAUGAAAUUUUGACAUAGGUAAAUCUCAAAAGUUACAUGUUUAUUUGUAGAUGUGAAAGCUUGGAAAAUAACAUUACAAAUCAGUUUUAUUAAUCUUGACGUCAUAGAAAACGUGUCCGAGUGCAUGUUGAUUUUAUACUUCGAUUAUGUAUUUUGCUAUUCGUGCAUUGCUAUUAUGUUAUGUGGUCAAUUUACAGUGAUGCCGGCUAGAAACAUACGUAAUAAAUUGCAUUUACAAUAAUACUGUCGUUAUAUGUAUUUCCAUAAAUAAAUGUCAACUAAAAUAAA